GGGUGUCACUAUUUUUCUAAAUGGGGUGGUGGAACUUGCGCCACGAGCGUUCCAGUCACGAGGGUUUCGGUCCCUCGGCGCCGACGGCGGGGGCGGAGCGAGGGCCGGCGCCCAGGAUGGCCGGGAUGGAAGCCAGGGGCCGCCUGUGGCUGGAGAGCCCCCCUGGGGGAGUGCCCCCCAUCUUCCUGCCCGCGGGCGGGCAAGCCCUGGUCCUGGGCCGGGGCCCCCUGACCCAAGUUACCGACCGGAAGUGCUCCAGAAACCAAGUGGAGCUGGUCGCAGACCCCGAGACGCGGACCGUGGCUGUGAAACAGCUGGGAGUUAAUCCCUCAACUGCGGGGACCCAGGAGCUGAAGCUGGGGUCAGAGGGCUCUCUGGGGGUGGGGGACACGCUGUAUUUGGUCAACGGCCUCUACCCGCUGACCCUGCGCUGGGAAGAGGCCCGCGUGCCAGAGUCCCAGCCAGACACUCCACCCGGCACCCCUCCGGUGGCCCCAACCGAGGAGGAGGAGGAGGAGAAGGAGGGAGAGGAAGAGGAUGUUGCACAGCGGAAAAAGCGAAUGCGGAAGUCAUCCCCUGGCUGGGAGAGCUUCGAGAAGCUGCUAGUGUUCACCGCACCUGGGGUGAAGGCCCGGAGCAAGGUGGCCGGCUUUGAUCUGGACGGGACCCUCAUCACCACACGCUCUGGGAAGGUCUUUCCCACCGGCCCCACUGACUGGAGGAUCUUGUACCUAGAGAUUCCACGUAAGCUCCGGGAGCUGGAUGCCGACGGCUACAAGCUGGUGAUCUUCACCAACCAGAUGGGCAUUGGGCGUGGGAAGGUGUCCGCAGAGGAGUUCAAGGCCAAGGUGGAGGCUGUGCUGGAAAAGCUGGGAGUCCCCUUUCAGGUGCUGGUGGCCACGCACGCCGGCUUGUACCGGAAGCCAGUGAUUGGCAUGUGGGACCAUCUGCGGGAGCAGGCCAACGAGGGUGUGCCCAUCUCCAUUGGGGACAGCGUCUUCGUGGGAGACGCAGCUGGACGCACCGCCAACUGGGCCCCGGAGCGAAAAAAGAAAGACUUCUCCUGCGCAGACCGCCUGGUGAGCACCCCCCCUCCCCGCCCCGUGGGGCGGGGGCGGGGCGGGUGUGGGGCCUCCCUCCUCACGUCCCGUCUCCUCUGGUCCCGUCUCCCCCAGAGGACCGUCUCCUCCUCGGGGCCGCUCUACCUGCCCGAGUCCAGCUCCCUCCUGAGCUCCAACCCCGAGGUGGUCGUCGCCGUGGGAUUCCCUGGGGCCGGGAAGUCCACCUUCCUCCAGGAGCACCUGGUGUCCGCCGGCUACGUCCACGUGAACAGGGACACCCUGGGGUCGUGGCAGCGCUGUGUGGCCAUGUGUGAGGCGGCCCUGAAGCAAGGGAAACGGGUCGUGAUCGACAACACAAACCCAGAUCCCGCGAGCAGGGCCAGGUACCAGGGCCCCUGGAGGGGAGGCCCCUGGAGGGGGGGCCCAGGGCCCCUUACCAGCCUGGCCCUUCCCAACCCCAGGUACAUCAAGUGCUUCCGGGAGAUGACGGACUCCUCUCAUGUCCACGUGGCUGACAUGGUCAUGUUCGGCUACAGGAAGCAGUUCAAGGCCCCGACGCUGGCGGAAGGCUUCGCCGAGCUCCUGGAGAUCCCCUUCCGGCUGCACGUGGAGCCGCAGCGGGAGCGCCUGUACCGCCAGUUCUCCGAGGGCUGAGCCGCUGCCGGCCCUGCCCCCCAAUAAAUGCUAGUUUUCUUUCA